AUGCGAGUGCCAACCCAUAUGCCCUUCUGGACAUUGCAGGGGUUCUGCUACACAUGUCUCUGUGUGAGCCCGGCCACCGUGACUCUGGCCAGUGCCCUGCAGGUCAGGGGUGAAGCUCUGACAGAGGAGGAAAUCUGGUCCCUCUUGUUCCUGGCUGUGGAGCAGCUCCUAGAAGACAUUUGUGAUGAUUCCUUGGACUAUGUCGUCUGUCCCUGUGCAGCCCUGCUUUCUGCAGCUGGAAGUCUUUCUUUCCAGGACCAGGUUUCUCACAUAGAGGCUGCUCCUUUCAAGGCCCCUGAACUGCUAUAAGGACAAAGCGACGAUGAGCAAGCCUGGUGUUUCUCAGGUGAGAUGCACUUCUGUUCAUUAAGAAUGACCCUCUACUGGUCAGAAGGAUUUCAUGUUCCACCAGAUCAGCCUCCGCCACUUCAUGAGUGUCUGCACUCCCUUCUGCUGACCAUGUGUGAAGACCAGCCUCGCAGGUGACUGCCAUUGCGGUUGGUUCUGGAAAUGUGUUGGGCUCACUGGGAAGAAGGGGCUGUAUACGGGGCCUCUGCCAGUCUCCAUGUCAGGCGGCUGGUUGGCUUGGUUCUGGGCACCAUCUCAGUUUCAGAGAGAAGCACAGAGCCCCAGAACCCCCUGGAGCCAAACCUGAGUGCCCCAGCACACAGUUGUUGCAGCCUCCCUGUUAACAGCACUCUUCCAGCAGAGACGCCCCAGGAUCUCCAGGACGGCCGGCGGCUCAGUUCCAGUUCCGCUUUCUCUGUGGCAGUGGAAAACUCAUGGCUCACAACUCCUUCUCAAAGGGGUUUCCUGCAAAGAAAGGGAAAGUUCUCCAGGCCGGAAUAUCUGCUGGCUGGAGAGGCCCCAGUAACUUUGCAUCUGCCUGGAUCAAUUGUGACCAAGAAAGGAAAAUCCUAUUUAGCUCUCAGGGACCUCUGUGUGAGGCUUCUGAAUGGGCGGUGUCUGGAGGUGAAAUGUGACAUUGCCUCAACAGUGGGGACUGUCUUCCAUGCUGUUCUGGCCUUCAUCAACCUUGGGGAGCUUGCCUACUUUGGCUUGGCUUACAUGAAAGAACAUGUGGUCACUCAGCAGUUCCCAGAAUAUGGUGUGCUGGCUCACCGAGUUCUCCUGCAGAAGACAAGGCCAGAAGGGGAGAUGGCCUUAGGGAUCUGUGAAGGUCUCAUAGUAUAUGAAGUGAAAAACAAUAGCAGAAUUGCAACUUUAUGGUUUCAGUGGAGAGAAAUUGGGAAGAUCUCGAGUUGUCGAAAGAAGUUCACCAUCACAAGCAGCACCACUGGGAAAAAGCAUGCAUUUGUCACUGAUUUGGCCAACACCUGUGAAUAUUUAGUGCGCCUCUGCUCUGCCCAGCAUGAGUUUAAUGCUCGGGUAGGGGGAGGGAGAGCAUCUCAUAUCUUCCUUCUCAUGUACCAUGCUAAGUGCGUGCCAAUGGCCAAUAUGAGUCUGGUCCAGUCCAAGCCCCUCUCUUGGAUUCAGAGAUUGUCAUACUCAGAAAAUGCACUGUUCACACCCAGACUGGAGGAUACCACAGGAGGCCUGCUGCACUUGUCACUGGAUAACUUCAAUGUGGAAACCAGCAAAGAGACUGGGACAGAAGGAACCUGAGGCAGCCCCUGCACUGACCAGGAGCAGCUGGAGAGCAUCUGUUUGAUCCAGAAGCCAGUGACAUGUGACUCUCUCUCUGGACUGCCUGUUCAGAGUGUGCACAUGGGGACCCAAAGUAACAGAAAAAAGAGCUUUAUAGCUGAACCGGAAGGAGAAAUUGUGCAUGUGACACUGACUCGGGAUCCACAUCAUGGUUUUGGUUUUGUCAUUAAUGAGAGAGAAGAUGUAGGCAAAGCUGAUCCUGGCAUCUUUAUGUCUUCUAUUAUAUCUGGAGGGCCAGCUGAAAAAGCUAAGAAGAUCAAACCAGGAGGGCAGCUACUAGCCUUGAAUCACAUCGGUCUGGAGGGGUUCACAUUCGACAUGGCUGUUAGAAUGAUUCAGAAUUCUCCUGAUAACAUAGAAUUAUUUCUCAGUCAAAAAGGACCAGUAACAUUCAAGGACGUUACUGUGGAAUUCACCCGGGAGGAGUGGAAGUUGCUGGACAAUGCUCAGAGGACCCUGUACAGGGAGGUGAUGCAGGAGAACUAUGGUCACCUAAUCUCAGUGGGUGAGAACAACUUCUCCAUAUGUAACUCCCAGUACCUUGCAUUUCCUUCCCAGCUGCUGGAACAUGAUUAUCCUCCCCCAAAUCUGCACCUUAUUUAG